AUGGCUAUUUCGCCUUCGCAAGCUGUGCCAUUGUUCUUUGUUAAGUUCCAGAAUUUAAUUGCUCAUUUACGGGGAAAAAUUGUUGAUAGUCAAUCAUUGUCUAGAAUUAGUCAGUAUAUUUUGGUUAGGGAUGCUACCUUUUUUGUAAUAGAUUUCUUUACGGGCGACAGGGCAUCGGAUUUGGGUCGCCUAUUAGCCAGCCAGGUUUUUAAAUUAAAAGAUCGUGAGGGUUACUUGUUGCGUUUUACCUUUUCUAAAACUUUGCGUAAAGACCCCCCUCGUUCUUUCGCCUUGGUUCCCUUUUGCAAAACAGACGUGUGCCCGGUUAAUUGGAUAACUUAUUAUCUCUCUGUGUGCGAUUUACUUAAGAUCCGCUUAGCUUCGGGUUUUUUCUUUCGGGCUUCUGACCGCAGUAGAGAUAUUAGUCCCAGGCCUUUCGUCGGCUCGGCUGUUAAUAACCGUCUUCGGGGGUAUCUCACCGAAGCUAAGCUUCAUGACGGCGAAACCCCUCAUAGUUUCCGGGUGGGUUUGUCUACUACUUUGAGAUUGCUAGGUUGUUCUCAACAGCAGGUUGCACAGUAUAUAGGUUGGAAGAGUGGGGAGAUGGCUCAACAUUAUUCCCGUUCGUCUGAUGCGGCGGCGUCUCUCACGAUCUUCGAGAAAGUCCUUCCUAGUGCUACUGGUUUGGUCACAGUGCCUGUGUCUCACCCCGACAAUCUGCAACCCGUUUGUACUAAUUGA